UCUGGUGGCGGCUCAGGGGAAGCUGGGCCGGGGCGCGGGGCUUGGCGAGGCAGCGCGCGCACACUCAUGAGGAGCCGGAAGCUCACAGGGGGAGUGCGAUCUUCAGCGCGCCUGAGAGCCCGAAGUUGUGCCGCAGCCGGGUUGGCCUCCGCCCAGGAAGUCGCUGGCUCCGCGUCGGCCAAGACAGCAUGUCUGACUUCCUCAUCACACAGAGCCACAGACAGGCGCACGUCCAAGAAGUUCAAGUAUGACAAAGGUCAUCUUGUAAAGUCAGAAUUACAGAAACUCAUCACUAAAAGUGAGAGUGCUUCUUUGCCAAAAGUGACUCCUGAGACCCGCUGUGAAAAUGCGUUUGCUGAAGACGGUGCCCUCCUUCCGGGCAGUGAGGCCGGCGUGUCCACACGCCCGGAGGCUGCGGGUCUCCCGCUGGGCCGCUGCGGAGUCGUGAGUGACUCCUGCUCAGCACGGACGGAAGACGGCCUGCCCGCGCCCAAACCUGGCGCCGAUCCAGGAGCAGAAGAACCCAACAGCGGUUCCGCUGUGCAGGGAGAGUCGGCGCUGGAGACAGAGGGAGGGCGGGCGCCGCUGCUCCAGAUGGACGACAGCGUGUUUCUGGACGACGACAGCAGUCAGCCAAUGCCAGUGAGCCGAUUCUUCGGAAACGUGGAACUCAUGCAGGUAAGCGUGGCUCCUGCCUCCUCGCAUAGGAACUGUGACCCCGUGUAA